UCCCACCUGCUUUUUGAAAUCCACCAACCACAAUAUUUACCCCAUCCCCCUUUUCUCUCCCCCCAUCUCUCUCUCUCUCCUUUACACGCUCCCUCUCUCUCUCUUUUUAGCAGCAACAUACAAGCCGGCCAUAUUAGAGAGAUGGAAAUAAAGCUUCCUUAAUGUUGUAUAUGUCUUUGAAGUACAUCCGUGCAUUUUUUUUUAGCAUCCAACCAUUCCUCCCCUGUAGUCCUCGCCCCCUCAAAUCACCCUCUCCCAUAGCCCACCCGACUAACAUCUCAGUCUCUGAAAAUGCACAGAGAUGCCUGGCUACCUCGCCCUGCCUUCAGUCUCACGGGGCUCAGUCUCUUUUUCUCUUUGGUGCCGCCAGGACGGAGCAUGGAGGUCACAGUACCUGCCACCCUCAAUGUCCUCAAUGGCUCUGACGCCCGCCUGCCCUGCACCUUCAACUCCUGCUACACAGUGAACCACAAACAGUUCUCCCUGAACUGGACUUACCAGGGUUGCAACAACUGCUCCGAGGAGAUGUUCCUCCAGUUCCGCAUGAAGAUCAUUAACCUGAAGCUGGAGCGGUUUCAAGACCGCGUGGAGUUCUCGGGGAACCCCAGCAAGUACGAUGUGUCCGUGAUGCUGAGAAAUGUGCAGCCUGAAGACGAGGGGAUUUACAACUGCUACAUCAUGAACCCCCCCGACCGCCACCGGGGCCAUGGCAAGAUCCAUCUGCAGGUCAUCAUGGAAGAGCCCCCUGAGCGGGACUCCACGGUGGCCGUGAUUGUGGGUGCCUCCGUCGGGGGCUUCCUGGCUGUGGUCAUCUUGGUGCUGAUGGUGGUCAAGUGUGUGAGGAGAAAAAAAGAGCAGAAGCUGAGCACAGAUGACCUGAAGACCGAGGAGGAGGGCAAGACGGACGGCGAGGGCAACCCGGAUGAUGGCACCAAGUAGUGGGUGGCCGGCCCUGCAGCCUCCUGUGUCCCGUCUCCUCCCCUCUCUGCCCUGUACAGUGACCCUGCCUGCCCGCUCUUGGUGUGCUUCCCGUGACCUAGGACCCCAGGGCCCACCUGGGGCCUCCUGAACCCUUCACUUCGUAUCUCCCGCCCUGCACCAAGAGUGACCCACUGUCUUCCAUCUGAGAAACCUGCCAUGCUCUGGGACAUGUGGGCCCUGGGGAGAGGAGAGAAAGGGCUCCCACCUGCCAGUCCCUGGGGGAGGCAGGAGGUACGUGUGAGGGUCCCCAGAGAGAAGGGAGUGGGUGGGCAGGGGUGGAGGAGGAGGCCGCUGUCCACCUGCCCAGUGCUUGGCCUGGCAGUGGCUUCAGAGAGGACCUGGUUGGGAGGGAGGGCUUUCCUGUGCUGACAGAGCUCCCUCAGGAGGGCUUGGCCCGGCAUGGCCGUGCUCUUCCCCUGCUCCCAGCCCAGAGCAGCCGUCAGGCUGGAGGUGACGAUGAGUUCCUGAAACUUGGAGGGGCAUGUUAAAGGGAUGACUGUGCAUUCCAGGGCACUGAAGGAAAGCCAGGGCUGCAGGCAAAGCUGGACAUGUGCCUGGCCCGGGAGGCUGUGUCGGGCCCUCGUUUCCAUUGCUAGUGGCCUCCUUGGGGCUCCCGUUGGCUCCUAAUCCCUUGGGACUGUGGAUGAAGCCAGACUGGAAGAGCAGCUCCAGGUAGGGGCCAGGUUCCACAGAGGGCACCCACCAACAGAGGCCAGUUUCAAAGUCAGCUGAGGGGCUGAGGGGUGGGCCCCAUGGUGAAUGCAGGUUGCUGCAGGCUCUGACUUCUCCCUGGGAUAACCACCCUCACCUGGGCAGGGGCAGCCAAGGCUGGGAAAUGAGGAGGCCAUGCGCAGGCUGGGGCAGCUUUCUUUGGGGCUUCAGUGAGAACUCUCCCAGUUGCCCGCGGUGGGAUUUCCACCUGGCUUGUAGCUGCAGAGAGGGAAGGGAAAGUCUGAGGCCGGCAUGAGGGGAGGCCUUGGAACCUGAGUCCCCAGUGGCAGCCCUGUCCCAUCUGUGGCCACGCUACUCGCUCCUCUCCCAACAACUCCCUUCAUAGGGGCAAAAAUGGCAAUUGUAGGCCGGGCACGGUGGCUCACGCCUGUAAUCCCAGCACUUCGGGAGGCCGAGGCGAGUGGAUCACCUGAGGUCAGGAGUUCAAGACCAGCCUGGCCAACAUGGUAAAAUCCCAUCUCUACUAAAAACACAAAAAUUAGCUGGGCAUGGUGGCGUGUGCCUGUAAUCCCAGCUACUUGGGAGGCUGAGGCAGGAGAAUCGCUUGAGCCUGGGAAGCGGAGGUUGCAGUGAACUGAGAUUACACUACUGCACUCCAGCCUGGGUGACAGAGCUAGACUGCCUC